AUGCCACUUGAGGAAAUCAGCCAAGCGGCGUGGUCUCUGGACGCCGCUACCUAUGCACCCACAAUCGCCGUGCUCACAGUCGUGUUGGGACUCAUAGUCCUAUUGUCCUUGGCGUUCCCGCGAGCGGGCCCCAAGUGCAGCAACGAAGCUUUGGAAUCCGCGCCCAUAGACGUUGCGUCAUCAAGUGACCCACGGGUCGUAACUGAGCUGCUGAGCGGCGCGGCCGAACCAUCUUCGGACGCAGCCGCGACUCAGGAAGGGCUCCUAGCAUUACUCGCUCAUCAGGAGCAAUUCAGCAGCCGAGGACCUUCUUCUCACGCACUAUCGUUGCGCGAAGACGAAGAGGAGCAAGAGCAAGAUGAUGAGUUUCAUCACGACAGCACGGCGUUCCCGCGCCGUGGUGAUGUCGUGGACGAUGACAGCGGCGGCUCAGCGGCACGCGGCGACGAUAUUACGUCACCUUUCGACUCCGCCGCUGCCACGGCCACUUCACCGCCCGCGGGGGACGAGGUUAGCAACUGCGAUAACAGUAACUCGGACAACAACGUAAGUGGCGACGGCGGCGGCGCACUCGAAGGCCUUGAGAGGGUAAUCCCGCGGCUCCGGCCGCGUCCACCCUCCGCGACCUCGGCGGCGGCGGCGGCGGCGGCGUUCACGGAUCCGAGCGUAAGCCCCAGCUCCUCCGCGGCCUCGUCUGAGAUCUGGCAUCAGGCCUAUCAAGCCCGUCCUGGAUCUCAAGGUACGGCGCUAUCGCAGAGAGAUCUGGACAGCGCAAUGCACGCCCCGGCGACCUUUGACGGCGGCGGACGUAGCGGCGACGGCGGCGACGGCGGCGGCGGCGGCAGCAGCGCAACCGCCACGCCAUGGCCUGUGGAGCUGGCGACAAGUCCUAGUGCCACCACCAGCGUCGCCUGGGGCGGCGGCUAUGCGCUGCCGCAGGGCUGGAGCAGCGCCUCCCGUGGCGGCGUCGGUGAAGCGCCCUUCGCCAGCUGCGGCGACGGCGGCUUGAGCAGCUACCUGGUCCAGUCCUUUCCAACCGACGAGUGCCCCCUGUCGCCUGCAUCAGUGGCCGACGCAGCAGCCGCCGCCGUCGCCGCCGCUAGCCACGGCGGCCGGAUGAUCCGCAUUGGCAGAGGCGGCUUCGGCGGCGGCGCGACCGCCGCUUUUGCGCACCGGACAUCGGCGGAGCCCUCGCCGCCGCCGCCGACUCCUGGCGAGGGCAGCGGUGGGGGCAGUGAAGCUUCGGGACGCUGGAAACCGCCAGGGCUGUCGUACGUCCCGGCAGUGGUGGCGGAAGGUUCAGCGCUGCCGUUGCCACUGCCGCCGUUCUUCUCCCGCUCGGGCGCGAGUUGUUGGGCCGCCGAAGGCGCAGCCGCUGGCGGCGGUCGUGGCGCCAACACGACCGCUGAUGACGUGGCGGCGGGUGCUGAAGCCGGCUCAUCAGGCAUGGAGGCAGUAGCCGCAGAAGAGCAGUCGAGGGCCCUAUGUUCCUUGCGUCACGGGGGCAAUCUUCCGCAGCCGCUAGAUACGCCUUUGCAAUGGUACCGGCGCCGCGGCGUCAGCGGCGGCGGUAACGGCGAGAAGGAGUGUACGGACACUGCAGCCGCUCGCGGCGGCGUUCAGAUGCUAUCAGCAGAGCUCACCGGGGUGGUGCCGCCGCCUGAGCCGCACGUGACGGCAGCGCAGCAGCCCGUGCAGGUGCUGCUGGCGGCGACGGACGACGACCGAUUACGGGGGUGUUUACCGGCGCCACGACCAACCCAGGAAUCCGUACUGCUGCCCAAUGCGCCGCUGAUGCCACCGGCACUUCCGCCUCCGCCUCCGCCUCCGCCGUCGCCGCCGCGGGCAUCACCGCCGUCCGCCGCCUCCAUGCCGUACCAGCACUCCACCUUCCUGUCACAUUACUCUCAGCUUGGCGUGUCAGGCGGCGGCGGGUCGAUCAUAUCAAGCCCUGAUGAUGUACAACCCAUGCAAUCCGUACCGAACACCGCGGCUGUCGGAUCUGCACCGGCACAGGCGCCGCCGCCGCUUAACGUGGCCGCUCGCACUUCCCGAACGGGCGCCGAGUCCGUUGGCGGCAGCGGCGCCGCCACGAUCCCAAGCUUGAUCCCAAGCGGCGCUAUGACUCUGACGCCUUUUAUGGGGCCUCCCGAGACGAUGUCUGAUCCGGUAUGCGGUCACGGCGGCGGCGGCGGCGGCAUUACCGCCGGCGUGUUUGUUAGCAGUGCCCCGUCGGAGGUGUCGGUGCACGUGACGGGAACCAGCCUUCCGCUGAGUGACGGCUCCAGGGCGGAUGCCCUAUCGCACGCCAUCUUCACAUCCCGCAGCGAAGCACGCAGCAGUCUCACUGGCGGCGGCGCCGCCGCCGCCGCUUGCGGGACAUCAAGCACGCGCAGCAGUAUGAGCGGCGGAGGCGGAGGCGGAGGCGGCACGUCAAGCGCGCGCAGCAGCGUGAGUGGCGGCGGCAGCGGCGGUGGCGGCGGCGCGGUAAACCCUCGCAGCAGUGCCGUUUACAGCGUCGUCGGGUUCCAUGAGCCGCGGCUAAGCGGCGGCGCCAUGGGCGCCGUACACCCUGUGGUGGAGGAGCAGGAGAUGGAGGGCGCCGCGGAGGCGAGCGGCAGCACCGUCAGCCUUGCGGGUCAAUGCCUGGAAUUCAGUUCAACCAGUACGACAGGUGGUGAUGGCGGCAGCGGUGCAAUUGUGCUGCAACUUCGUGCGUCGCCGCCGGAUGCUGACGCGGCGUUGGCAACGGCGGUGACGCCGUCGCCGUUCGCCACGCGGUCUGCGGCGCAGCGGAGCUUCGACGCGCCGCCGCAACCUGCCGUACAUCCUUCCCCCCAAGUGCCCCUGCCCCCGCCAGCGGCGGCCGCUAGCGCAGCGCGCCGCCCGCAGCUGUGCAUCAACCUUGGCGAGCUGCUUCACCCUCCGCAACGGCCGAGAGAUCCCGCGUCAAUGCCAGCAAGCACGGUGCCGUAUGCGGCCGGCCCUGGGACAUGCGCCGCCGCACCGCCGGCGGGACCGCACGCUGGCGGCGCCGGGGCUCGCGGCACCGCGUCCGUGCUGUACACUUCCCGUUGUAGCAGCCAGCUGUUAUCGAUCAAGCUUGAGGGGGCCGCCGCCGCGGCCGCCGCGCCGGGUUCACAGCCAGCGGCCGCCGCCGCAGCCGGCGCGAUCAGCCGACACGUGGCGUCUACGCUGAUGCGGCACAUUCCGCCAGGACGACUGGUCCGCGUCAGCGCGCUUGCCGUACGGGGAUGCAUCCAGUUACUCAUUCGAGUGCAGUUGGGACCACCCCUGCAGCCGGCGGCGGCGGCGGGUAUGCGGGUGCGCCCGUCCGUGGGGGCGGCGGCGGCGGCGCAGCUGACCGCAGCUCCUAACCACGUCGCCAGUGGGCAGGCCCCAGCGGGCCCGACGGAGAUGCCAAGUCCCGCUCGCGGUGGGAGCGGCGGCGGCGGCGGCGGCGGGUUUGCGACCCUGCUACCUCACGGCUGGCGGGAGGUGACGGAGGCGACUGCCUUGGCGGAGCCGUCUGCCGUCAUCACCGCCGCCAUUCCCGAGCCCGCCGUUCUGGGCACGCCGGCGCCGGAUGCAGCGGAUGACGGCGGCGAGGACGGGGACAUGGUUCACGUGCGGCUAGAGUUGCUGUACAACACUGCCGCCGCUGGCGGUGGCGAUGGCGGCGGAGGCGGCGAGGAGGGCCCGGCGGCGCUGCGGAUAGUGGCGGCGGCAGAGGAGCGGGUGCUGCUGGAUGAAGUGUACGGCAUGCGAGGACGGCGGCCGUACAUCGACCUAACCAUCCCUGCCUGGAGCCUCGCCGGCUUGCCACCCGGACCCUUGCACCUGUGGCUGCUUAGGUCUCCUCUUGAUGACCCACGGGUCACUGAGGUCACCUCGCCCUCUCUGUUGGCGGGUAGCACCGAGCUGCUACUGCUGCCACAGCAAGCGGCGGCGGAGCUGGAGAACCACAUCAGGCAGAUCCUGUCGGAAGCGGCGCAACACGACCCUGCCACCACUGCCGUACAACCUGCUGGCGGCGGUAUCGUGGACACGGAGGGGGAUGCGCCGGCCGCGGCUGCAUCUAGGGGGGUACUGACUCGCGGCCAAGUGUGGUCGCAGCACUUGCAGCCGCUAGUGGCGGACUUUGGCUAUGUGCUAGCGGCGGCAGGGGAGCUGCGGGCUGGCUCGGUGGCAGUGGCGGCAGCGACGGCGGCGACGAUGGCGGGGGGGGAAAUGGCGGCGGAGGCGGAGGCGUGGUGGCUGGACCUUGCGACCGAUCUUUUAGGGCAUUGCGAGGCCGCGGGGCUGGCGGCGUGCGGCGAGGUGCUACAGCAGGCUAUAGCCGACGGCGGCGGUGAUUUUGGUGGCGGCGGCGGCGGCGACGCCGCCGACGACGACGGCGCUGUCGGACACACGGGCGUCAACGCCGGUUUCCCGUGGACAGGUUCACCACCGUCGGCGUCGUCGCUGGUUGUUGCGUCAGCUGUACGGCCCAUUAAUGGACCUGGCUUUCUCCCGACGGCAAGUGCUGAUCCUGACAAAGGUGCCGCUGCCGCAACGACGCAUGCGGACACGUCAGUAGCAGCAGCAGAAAAAGCAGUCACGCCGCCGCCAGCGCUGACGCCACCGUCACGUAGGCCGUCCCAGGCCACCAACCGCGUAACUUUGCCGUACACCGGCGGGCGCCUGAGCCCACAUGGGGGCAGCGUCGACGGUGACGAGGAUCCAUUGCGCGAGGGUGGCGAGGAGGAUGCGGCGGUCAAUCCGUACGGCAGUCCAUUCAGUACGAAUAAUGUUUAUGGCAGCGGCGACGAGGAGAAAUGGCCGGAGGGGUACUCCCGACGUGUCUGUACGGUACUCAUAAGACCGCUACCCCCUUGCAGAGCCUGGAAGACGCCCGCCAGUGCCCUGCUGCCUCGACCGUACGGCAGCGCCGCCGCCGGUAAGGCUGCCGCCGCUGGCGGAUGCACCGACCCGCAGCGUGCCUGCACGAAGAAGGCUAUCACCGCUGCGGAUAUGAGUCCCGCAGUUUCGCCGCCGCCGCCGCUGUCUCUCGCGCCGCCGCCACCGCCAUGCCCUCCCCGCCAGCCCUCUGAACCAGCUACUGGCAGCAGCAGCACCGCCGCCGCCGCCGCCGCCGCUGGCGCUGCGAUGUACGGCAUCCUUCCUCACAGUGCCACCAGUGCCGCCGCUGUCGUCAGUCACUGCGGUAGCGGCAGCGGCAGCGGCCGUACGCAAGACAGGCCCUGCUCCGACGCCAUGUCGGCGGCCUUCGCCGGAGACACGGACGUCCCCUCCUUCACGGGCUGUUACCUCGAGCCGCAGCAAAGCGGCGUUCACACGGGCAACACGAUCACAGAUCCGCUGUGUGCUACAGCCGGUCAGAUGCUCAGCGGCGUCGCCAGUACGGCUGCAGAGUCGGAUACCGCAGGCUUCGGCUUCGGCGGAGGCGGUGGCGGAGGCGGCGGCGGCCGCCGCAGCUUGGAUGGCCGCGUCAGUGGCGGCGGCGGCGGCGGCGUUUCGUCGGUACCCCGUAGGGCGAGGGCGACAAAAUCGGUGCAGCUUCCCGCCGGCGGCGGCAGCUACAGCAUCUUGCCGACACCCAUUCCGCUCCACAUGGACGGGGACAAGGACAGGGAAGCAGCAGCGGAAGCUGCGGAGGCGGCGACCUCAGCUGGGGUCACCGCCGACGCCAUAGCCGCUGCUGUCGGCGGCGGCUGGCUACAGCGUGAAUCACUCAGUACAGCCGGUGGACACGGCGCUGCUGCUACUGCUGCUGCUGCUCCGGCGGAGGCGGAGGCAGCGACGGCGGAGCUGCCCGCGGGUUAUGAAGAGGUCGAAGUGGAGCUGUUGGUCGCGUCCGUGAACAGCCUCGGUCGGCCUCAGGUCGCAAGAGGGGCUUCGCAAGGGCGUACGGCAUCCCCCGCCGCCGCUGGCAUGGAUAAUUUGAAUAACGGCACAUCCGCGCCGUCAGCACGGCGCCAUCAUCGCAGCAGCAGCACCGCCACCAACGGCGGUGGCGCCACCGCUACUGCCCCCAGUCCGGGCCAUGCAACUGCAGGCUCGAGUACUACAGCUGCCCCCUCCGCCAACUUGUCCUUGCUACAGCUUCGGGAGCUGCCGCCGGGUCCGCUGGAGGGUCUUAAGACGCCGACGCAACCACCGGGCGCAGCUGAAGCGGAUAUGGACUGCCUGGAAUGCGACGCCAACCGCGAGGAAGGAAAUCCUGGAGCCGCGGUUACCACGACACGGGAAGCAGAUGGCGCCAGGGUUGGCGGCGGCGGUGCUGGCGGCGGCGCGGGGAGCAAUGGCGGCGGACGCGGUGCAGCGGAACGGCAUCCCCUGCAACCGCGCGCCGCUGCCGUACCCACUCGUCGCAGCUCCAGGGAAGGAUACGGUCACGGCGGCAACGGCGGCGGCGCCCGUGAUGGCGGCGGCGGGAAUGGCAAUAGCGACGACGACUCGGAUGGCUUGUGCUGCCUGCGAUGUCUGGGGUACCAGGAGGUGGAGUGCGGGCUGCUACUGCGGGGCAUCGACCCGACGUGCGGAAGCGUUUUCGCCGCUACCGCCGCCGCUACGGCUGCCGCUGCCGGCGGAGAGGACGGCGGAGCCACCACGGCCGCCGGUCGUGAAAUGGAGCUCACUCGUGGACAGUCGGCAGUGACGGCUGCUAGUGCUGCUCCUGCUAGUGCUGCUGCUGCUACUAUAGCUAAGAGGGAAGCCAGAGUGGACGUUGGCUGCGCAGGCGGAAAUUCGGCCCGCUCGCCUCGUGAUGCCGCUGGCGCGGCCGGGCGCCUGGCGCCGGGUGCGGACGCCAGCUCGUCGCAGGAGCCGCCGCCGGUGCUGCUAGCAGGGCAGCCAGGUCCGGGAGCACAGCCGCCGCCGUCGGUGCUGCCGCCGGCGCCGACGGCGAUGGCGGCUGGCAAGCGGCCCCUCGGGAUGGAAGCCGCGGUGGCUGCCGCCCUGGCACUUGGCUACCGAGAUGUGACCUGUACAUUACUGGUCAAGGACGACUCCGCGACCCACGGGUCAUCCUCGUCCCAUGGCUCCUCUCUAGGGCCUGGCUGGCUGGACAUGAGCAGCGGGGAGGGCACCAGCGAGAGCCUGGACACGCAGAGCGGCGAUGACGGCCGCCGGCGUCAGCAGCCCUACUUGGAGGUGCGCUGUGGGCUGCUGCUCAGAGUGCUGCAGCGCCGGCGUGUGGCGGCCACCGAGAUUCUGCCGGCCGCCGCAGCCCCGUCCAAGAACAGAUUCGACGCGUCGGUUGGAACAGAGGCUCUGAAGUUGCGGCGCGGAUCGUAG